AUGGUGGCAACGAAAGUACCGCAUUCCGGUGGACUUGUGGUACUUUCACCGCUUGUACAAGGUCCAGAACAUAAUGUGGUGCUUAUUUCACGGAACGUCGAUGUUGAAAACAAUCGAAUACUGCAUGUUGCAGGUGGAGAACACACUGGCAUUGUUAUCAAUAGGCUUACCGAUGGAAAACCAAACUUAAAAUGUGAUGUAGCGCUCAAUUUUUCUGUAUGGCUGCGAGAUGGAGAUAUGAAGAAACAGGAAAACCGCUGCUUUCGUUUCCGAUUCUUCGAAGAUACCGAAAGUGCUGACAAGCAUGCUAUAGCUCAGCAGUUCUUCCGGGAUCUUGUUGCUAUUUUUCCAAGAGAUUAUGUGACAUUUCUGAAACGAAUUUUGAAGCUUAUGCAAAACGAUUACGGUGCAUUGCGAGAGAUCGAAAUUGAUAUGCAAUUUGCGAAAGAAAAUGAAACAUAUCAGAUGCCUGAUCCUAAGCAGUAUGAUUCUGGUUCGGAAGUUGAGAACGUUACCAUAGCUCACGUACAAGAAGUUCUGGAACAUGCAUAUCCAAAUGGCUUAUCUGUGGAUAUUAUUGCGGAAUCUCUGCGUUGCACGGACAAGGAAGUUAAUGAAUUUCUCCAUGAACUAGAAGCACUUGGUGUUGUGCAAAAGUUGCAGAAUGAAUGGAUUCGUGUGAGUGCUGUUGACAGCAUUGAAUUGUCUCGAACUCAAAGCAGUUUCGGUCUUCGUGAUCAUCCCACAGUCGCUAUCUUGACUUGUUUGUUUGCUGAAAAACAGAGCAUUGAUGCGAUCAUUGAUAAUAGUACGACCGUUCAUCGUUAUCGAUCUGGUGGUGACUCUAAUAUUUACACCCUUGGAUGGAUCGGAAAACAUCGAGUUGUUGCGACGAAAUUGGCUGUUAUUGGUGAUAGUCGUGAAGCAACAACAUCUGCGGGCUCUAUCACUACUCGUCUUCUUGGUAACUUUCAACAUGUUGAGCAUGUAUUUAUUGUUGGUGUUGGUGGAGGUGUUGCUCAUUACACGGAUGCUACACGGCACGUACGUCUUGGUGACGUCGUUGUCAGUGGUCCGGAUCCGAAUUCUUAUGUGUUUGCUCAUGCCUACACUGUUGAUAGAGCGACAGAGCAUGUGAAUGGCUUCUUAGUUCGAAAUUGGAAUCCUCAAGAUGCAAUCAUUACUCAUAUCGCUAAAAAUAUGGACGACAAAAUGAUGGCAGAAUGGAAUUCGAUAACGAAAACAACCAUUGAUCAUUUGGAUGCUGCCAAUGGCGACAUGAGUUUUUCAAGACCACCACCUCAAGCAGAUCUAUUAGCUGUACCAGUAGGUGGUGGGCAGGUAGUUGUCAUUCCACAUCCGAAUUCAGAAAGAGUUAACGCAGUAGUUCAUGUUGGUUCCAUUGGGGCAAUGGUUUCGUAUAGAAAGCAGACAUUUGCUAAUGAAGAACAGGUUGGUGAAGAUACAAGUGGUGCUACAGCUCAAUUUCGUGACAAAUUUGCCGCAAAUCAUAAUUUGCGUGCGAUUGAUGCUGGCUUCGAUUCCGUUAUUGCUGCGAUAAAUGGCUCACGAAUUGAUAGUUGGGCACUAAUCCGUGGUAUUGCUGAUUAUCAACAUGGACAAAGCCGCGCUAGUCGUAUGUGGCAGGGUUACAGUAGUGUCCGUGCUGCUGCGCUCACCAGAACACUGAUCCUUCGUUUACCUCUUUCCAACGCAAACAAUUAA